GUGAUUGGAAGAGCUCAACGUUAAAGGUUCCUGCUAAGAAUCAGUGAAUUUCAUUUUGCUGUUCCUGGGGGGGCCUGCAGUGGCCCCGUCUGAGAGGGUUGAGCCCUGGUCCAGCCCCAAGCAGGGAGCGCACCUCUCACCAUGCCGGCCUGCUGCAGCUGCGAGGAUGUGUUCCAGUACGAGACAGACAAAGUCAUCCGGAUCCAGAGCAUGAAUUAUGGCACCAUUAAGUGGUUCUUCCAUGUGAUCGUCUUUUCCUAUGUUAGCUUUGCUUUGGUGAGUGACAAGCUGUACCAGCAGAAGGAGCCUGUCAUCAGUUCUGUGCACACCAAAGUGAAAGGGAUAGCGGAGGUGAAAGAGGAGAUCAUAGAGAACGGAGUGAAGAAGUCGGUGCAGCACGUCUUUGACACUGCGGAUUACACCUUCCCUUUGCAGGGGAACUCCUUCUUUGUGAUGACAAACUUUCUCAAGACAGAAGGCCAAGAGCAGCGGUUGUGUCCUGAGUAUCCCACCCGCAGGACACUCUGUUCCUCUGACCGGGGCUGUAAAAAGGGAUGGAUGGACCCAAAGAGCAAAGGAAUCCAGACCGGACGGUGUAUAGUGUAUAAAGGGAACCAGAAGACCUGUGAAGUUGCUGCCUGGUGUCCCAUCGAGGCAGUAGAGGAGGCCCCCCGACCUGCACUCUUGAACAGUGCUGAAAACUUUACUGUGCUCAUCAAGAACAAUAUCGACUUCCCCGGCCAUAACUACACCACGAGAAACAUCUUGCCCGGUUUAAACAUUACUUGUAACUUUCACAAGACUCAGAAUCCACAGUGUCCCAUUUUCCGACUAGGAGAUAUCUUCCGAGAAACAGGAGAUAAUUUUUCAGAUGUGGCAAUUCAGGGUGGAAUCAUGGGCAUUGAGAUCUACUGGGACUGCGACCUCGACAGUUGGUUCCAUCGCUGCCGUCCCAAAUACAGUUUCCGUCGCCUGGACGACAAGACCACCAAUGAGUCCUUGUACCCUGGCUACAACUUCAGAUACGCCAAGUACUAUAAGGAAAACAAUGUCGAAAAACGGACUCUGAUAAAAGUCUUUGGGAUCCGUUUUGACAUCCUGGUUUUUGGCACAGGAGGAAAAUUUGACAUUAUCCAACUGAUCGUGUACAUUGGCUCAACCCUCUCCUACUUUGGUUUGGCCACUAUGUUCAUUGACUUUCUCAUCAACACUUACUCCAGUAGCUGCUGUCGAUCCCAUGUUUAUCCCUGUUGCAAGUGCUGUGAACCCUGCGCAGUCAAUGAAUACUACUACAGGAAGAAGUGUGAGUCCAUCGUGGAGCCAAAGCCGACAUUAAAGUAUGUGUCCUUUGUGGAUGAAUCCCACAUUAGGAUGGUGGACCAGCAGCUACUUGGGAAAAGUCUGCAAGAUGUCAAAGGGCAAGAAGUCCCAAGACCCCCGCUGGACUUCACAGACUUGUCCAAGCUCCCUCUGACUCUCCAUGACCCGCCCUCCGUUCCUAGAGAAACAGAGGAGAUGCAGCCACUUCACGAAGAGGUGACUCCUAGAUCCGGGGACAGCCCGGAGUGGUGCCAGUGUGGAAGUUGCCUCCGGUCCCAACUCCCUGAGAGCCACAGGUGCCUGGAGGAGCUAUGUUGCCGGAAAAAGCCGGGGGCCUGCAUCACCACCUCACAGCCAUUCAGGAAGCUCGUCCUGUCUAGACAUGUCCUGCAGUUCCUCCUGCUCUACCAGGAGCCCUUGCUGGAGCUAGAUGCGGAUUCCACCAAUAGCCGGCUGCGGCACUGUGCCUACAGGUGCUACACCACCUGGCGCUUCGGCUCCCAGGACAUGGCUGAUUUUGCCAUCCUACCCAGCUGCUGCCGCUGGAGGAUUUGGAGAGAGUUUCCCAAGAGUAAAGGGCAGUACAGUGGCUUCAAGAGUCCCUAUUGACAGCAUGGGGCUACAGCAGUCAUAUUAGUGUUAUCUUUACCAUCACCUUGAACUUCACCUGCAAAGAUCUGUGGCCAAAUUUUCAGCCAAAGGGAAAUGUGUUUUCAUCUCAUAUAGCUCUAUAUAUGUCUGAGAGCACAGUGACCUGGUUAAACAAACAAACAAACAAACAAACCAGAAUCCCUUUGCAUGGACUGACAGUGAAGAGAUUCAGAUAUAAGUCUCAAUUCUGUCCCUAGGAAGUUGUGUGACCCUAGGCCUUUAACCUCUGUACCUUUGUCUCCUCAUUACCCAACCUACUAUCUCAGAAAUAUUGUGAGGACGAAUUGAGACAGUGUUCAUGAACUGUCUUGUUAACAUAUAAGGAGCUACAGGUACGCAAAACAUCUCAGUAUAGGUCAGAGUAGGAUAAUGUCCAACUAAGAACAAAUCCUUUGGUCCUGGCUGGAGAAUGUGAAAGAUUAAAAGUGACCACAAAUUCUUUGACACUCA